UUCAGUAGCAACAAUACAGCAAAAUCUCAUAACUUCAUACACACUAACUAAUAUACAUAUUUGGACAGAACAAUGGGUUUCAGCAAAUCAUGACUUCUCAUAUGUUAUCUUACAUGGCAUGUUUUCUAUAAAAUAUAUCCUAUUUUGAGGGCCUCAGUCCUGUAUGCUGCCUUUUGUGAGCCAGGGAUUCACUUGCAAGGAACAGCACAAACAUUGGGACUUCAUUUUGUUCAGAAUUUCUUAGAAUCAGCCUUCUAUUCUAUGCUCACAAAUCAGAUAGCUAGAGAUCUAAAUGCCAUCAGCUGGGCCUGUGGUUAUUUGUAACAGUAAAAUUCUGCCCAGAAUUGCAAAAUUAUAGAAACAAAAUUGGAAGCUAGGAUAAAGCCACUUUUGAAAUUAAACCCUUUGUGACCGAGUCUCUUGCCGCAAAUCAUGUUAAACAGAGCUUAUUUACUUCUUAAUGAGCCUAUAACCUCAAGAAGACCAGUGUUUUAUUAUUUUUAUGCUACUUAGAAGUAGUACAUUCCCUUGAUUUUUUUUUUUUUUUUUUAAAUAAAGCUCAGUCGAGAAGUAUGGUCGAUGAUGUUCUUUCUCUAUUUUAAGCAGUAAAUAAAAUAUGUUUUAAAACAGCUGUACCAUUUCCUGUUUCAACGAAGAAUUAAAGGGAGAAGGGAUUUGCAUUGACUUCCUGAAUGACAGCAUUCCAGUUGUGGGGCCUGGCCAUGGAAAAUCUGCCAAUCAGAAGUGGGCUCUGGAGGAAAGCUCUGGUGCUGUUGUUUACAUGUUCUUUGACUCCUUUUCUCCGCUGUUGCUGGCACAUUCACAUUCAUGUUGUACCAACUUGGAAUGUCCUGACAGUAUAUUGCUGUUAAAUGGCUGCAAAAAUGGCAGGGAAACUGGGAUCCCAGCAACAGAUGGCAAGUAGACUAAGUGGGAACCUCUACCUGUCCCUGAAUAGCCACAGAUCGCUCUGAAAGAAAUAAACCAGACUACCGUUCCUCAGGGCAAGGACCCCUGUCAUCGAUUAGAGCAGCAAUCAAGAGAACACUCAUGAAUAGUGCACAUCAAAAAUGCCCCGUGGAAGAGCUUCUCGGGCUUCUUCUCAUACCGAACAGCAGAGAGAGAGAAGACGUCCUGAGAUUACAAUAGUUGCUGCUGAGCCUCUCAGACCAUCCUCCUGGUUUCCAGGUGGAAAUGUCACUCCACAGGGAUUAGGAUUCCCUCCUCCUUCCCAGGCUAACUGGAGGACAAAUGAGCUUGUUCCAGCUGAGCUUCCACCAUCUUAUGAGCAGGUGAUAAAAGAAAUUAACCAAGUGCAAGUCAAUACAACAAAUAACAAUAAUGCUGCUGCUGCUUCUAGAUGCACUGCUACGUCUGCAACACAGACUGACUUUCCAGAGGAAAUAAUCAGCCAUUUGCCAAGAAGUAAUGUAAAAAACAACCUACCUACCCUCUGUGAAUCUGAAAUUGUUCCAGCAGUGCAAAGUCCUCUCAGACCUCCCAGGCCUCUCUUAAAUAGCAACCCUCCAGAAAAUGAGGCUCCCUUAGUUGUCUCUGAAGCAUCUGAAGAAUGGAAGUGCCAAGAAAAUCCCAGUAAUGUGACGGGUCCACUGCCAAAACCAAGAUCAAAAGGCAAUCUCAGACCUGUGGUCAGAGAUAUUCAAAUCAAAUCACAAGACAAUCAGGAAGCAGUGAGACAGCCUCGAGCUGAAAGGGAGCCAUCUCCAAGUCCGCCAGUGUCCCUCUUAGAUAAUAGCUUAUUGGACAAUCACAUGGUGAUGAACAGUAUGAAUACAGAAAAAAGCCAAAAUAGCAUUGGUUCAAGGAUCAAAGCUUUUGAAUCCCAAGCAAAUUCUGAUAUCUCAGGAUUAUCAAAGAAACCAGAAAUUGCUCCACGGUCGUUUGUCCCAAGACCAACUGUUUCUGCAAAGAAGCCAAUAGUAGCUCCAAAACCAGAGCUAGGGGCCAGAAGAGCUUCGGGAGAGUCGGGUUCAUGGACAGAAAACACACAAAAAGCUGCAUCCAGGAAAUGGCACCCUCAACCUCAAGAAGCCGGAAGCAAUGUCAUAACCAAACCUGAAUUGCCAAAGAAACCAAAACCUGGCCUUGUAAAAAGUACUAGUAAUAAUUUGCUUGAUGCAAGGAAUGGGUCAGCUUCAGAGAACAAUGAUGGACACAAGAAAUUUCCAGUUCCUGCUCCAAGGCCACUCGUUCCCAAAAAGUCUCUUUCUGUAGAAAGUCCUGCCCCACAUUCAACCUUACUAAAACCAGUCAUCGCUGCUCCCAGUCUCUCGGUAGCUGCCCAAGCACCAGCUUUCAAGUCCCUGAGAGAGUCAUCAGCUCCAACGAAUCUCUCAACAUGUACUUUGCAAAGUCAACCAGUUGGGGAAGGAGAUCUUAUCAGUUUUGAUGAUGACGUCUUGCCCCCUAGUUCAGUUAGUGCAGUUCAAGAAUGUACCAGUUCUGAAGCAGAUCCCUUUCAAUUCCCCUUCAAAAAUGAGCCUGCAAAGGAACAGACAGUUCAACCAGCUAUAGCACGAAAGCCUACUGUGAUCAGAAUCCCAUCUAAACCAGGGAAAUCCUUAAAUGAAUUUCCACAUAUCCCUCCACCCCUUCCUGCUGAAAAACCAGUUGGGAGCACCUCUGGAAUUGUUACUGGAAAGCCUAGUAAUGCCAAACAAACAAGAAAAGGGGAAUCUGAACAUUCAGAUCCAACAGGUACUACUUGGACAGAGCCUAUGCUGCCCCCCAGGCCUGUGGAUGGAAAACUUGUACCAGCUCGACUGCCUCCACUUAAAGGCAUUCCUGGAAGGCCACCUCCACCAAAACAGUCUGGAACCAAGACCUCUUCCCAAAAGGACCCUUUUUGUCGAUCCUCAUCUGACCUGACACUCCAUAAAAGACAUGACAUCUUUGGAAUUGGAGUCAAGAGAGCAAAGAGUCAAGUUUUAAAAAAUCAAGACCCAGCAUUACCGCCUCGACCUAAACCAGGACAUAGUCUCUACAAUAAAUACAUGCUGCCUGUGCCUCAUGGAAUUGCCAAGGAUGAUUUCUCUCCUAGAAACCCUGGAGAACUCAGCUGCAAGCGUGGGGAUGUUCUUGUGCUGCUGGAGCAGAUCGAUGGCAAUUACUUCAAGUGUCAAAAGGGAGGGGAAACGGGCAAAGUGCACUUGUCUCAUAUGAAGAUAAUCACACGCCGAGAUGAGCAUCUGAAAAGCAAGCAAAAGGAUUCAAACAAUAUUGAGAGGGUUUCUGACAAAAGUGCUCCUCAUGCUGUAGUGCUGCAUGAUUUUCCAGCAGAGCAUGCUGAUGAUUUGGACCUCCAUUCUGGAGAGACUGUUUAUCUUCUGGAGAAAAUAGAUAAUGAGUGGUACAGAGGAAAACUUGAGAAUCGCACAGGGAUAUUUCCUGCCAACUUUGUUAAAGUGAUUAUUGAUGUUCCAGAGGAAGAGAACAGGAAAAAAGUAUUGUUUUCAUCAACAUGUAUUAAGGGCCCGAGAUGCAUAGCUCGGUUUGAAUAUAUUGGAGACCAGAAAGAUGAGUUAAGUUUUUCAGAAGGUGAAAUUAUUCUUCUUAAGGAAUAUAUAAAUGAAGAAUGGGCCAGUGGAGAGCUGAAAGGCACAUCUGGAAUUUUCCCCUUGAACUUUGUGGAAAUUAUUGAAGAUCUGCCUGGAUUAGGUGUAGGAGCACCACUGACGAACAAGAGGGAGAGUUCUGCUUGUCUUUCUCAGACUGAUAGACGUUCUGGAGAGUGGUGUGAAGCGCUUCAUGAUUUUACAGCAGAAACGAAUGAAGACUUAUCCUUUAAAAAGGGAGACAGCAUCCAGAUAUUGGAGCAUGUGGACUCAGAGUGGUGCAGAGGGAGACUGAAUGAUAGCGAAGGCAUUUUCCCAGCAGUGUUUGUUCAGACAUGCUCUGCUGGGGUAAAGACAGCACAGUCUCCAGGAUGGAGGAGAGGAAAAGCCAAGGCUUUGUAUGACUUCCAGGGAGAGAAUGAGGAUGAGCUGUCCUUCAAGGCAGGUGAUAUGAUAACAGAAUUGGAACCUGUAGAUGAAGACUGGAUGAGUGGAGAAGUACAAGGCAAAUCUGGAAUAUUUCCCAAGAACUUUGUUCGAGUUCUAUAGGCAUCAUAAGGAUGGAGUCCAGUUCUGCUCACUAGGCAUAUGGAAGCAAAUGCUUAUCUAGCACAAAGGCACAUUAUAUACUUCAGCAAACAAAGAACUACCAUCUUUGUUGUCACUUGAGUUAAUACUUUGACUAUCAAAUAUGAUUUGCACUAUUUUCUCUAGAAAGAGACCCACGUCAUAUAUAAUUAUAUUAAUUUCCUGAAACAUCAACAUUUGCCAUGACAACAAAACUUUGUAAAGGUUCCACGUGAGCUAGCAAACAGAAUUUACACAGGAUUUUUUAAUAGCUUCCAGCUAGGGAAAUUAAAUGUGGUACAAUAUCUUCUUACAAGUUAAGUGAACUGCAUUCUAGUAGUUGACCUGAUCUGAUAUUUCAUUUAUCUUGCAUACAAUUUGCAUAAAUUAAGAUUGUUUAAUAAGCUUUUUAGAAAUGCAUUUAUUUUUCAGAUUUAAGUAUUAUAUGUUAAAUAUAUAUACCCACAUUUUUUAUUUUCAGAUUUCACUACUGCUUGAGUUAAUAUCCGCAUUAGCAGUAUAAAACAGUUAUUUUAAGACUGAAAGGAUAAAGGUACUGUUUAUUACCUUGCGGAAAAAUGUCAAGCCCUAAUGUAUGAUCUACACUUUGUAGAGUUUGUCAUUUUAUAUAUGGGAUACCAAAGUCUAACAAGCAGGAGGAUCAAAAGACUAAAAACUUCACUCACUUAAGAGUUUCUCAAUCUUUGAAUAUAGGGCUGAGUGAACUUGUGAAGUUCAAGGUUUUUGUACUUGUAGAGUUCAUAAAAAUAGAGCGCAUUCAUCAGUCUUUUUACUGAAUGAAGAGUGAUUGCGCCCAUCUGCCCCCCAACACAUUUGUCUAGUUAAAGGGAAACCUGUUGUGCAUGUUAAGGAAUAGAUUAGAAAUCAACAUUUAAAAACAACAAAAAAAACCCUCACCCUGGAAUUGGCUCAAGCUAGUGCCCCAUGGAGAGUGUUUUCCCAUUAGAAACUUCCUCUCUUUCCCUCCCUGAUCCUGUCUCUGGGUUUGUCUACUUGCUCGUUGCUCUUUUUUUAAAAAAAGAUUUAUUUUCCUUGUCAAUUUUCGUUUCUCCUACAUAAAACAAAGCCAAUUCCAUUCCCAUUUCAGUUUAACUUUCAAACCUGACAGUGUUUCAAAUUAGCAAAAUAAAUUUACCAAUCUAUUCUAUAAACCCACAGUACCCUUCACCCCAGCUGCCAUUCUUGUUUUGUUUUUUUCAGUUAAAUAGUUCAUUUUAAUAGGAAUAUUACCCAGCCUUAUGUCUAUGAGUGAGGACAGCUAAUUGAGGUAUCCACUAAAAGUUAUUUUCUAUAAAUCACAUAGAAGAUGUAGCAUUAUAAAUGAUCUGUCAAGGCAGAAAGCAGCAGACACCAAGAGAAAUUAACCUAACAGGCACACAGAUUUUUUUUUUAAAGCAAAAACAAUGCAAAAUUAUACAAGUUAAAUUAUGUAGACUAAAUAAGUCUGAUAUUAGACAUAUUUCCAGAUAAGAACAGUGCAUUCUGGAAACCAACACUUUCCAGAAUGUUUGACAAUAGCUCCAUAUUAAACAAGUUAAUUGUUAACCCACCUCCCAUUCUGGGCUGAUGUGUACUGUAAAAAAAACAAAAAAUGUAAUCUUUAUUAUGCUACAGUUUGUUCUGUACAUGUUCAGUGGCAUCCUAUUUCCACAUGAGCAACUGGCCUCUUUUGUAUUCUCUGAAGAACAAGGCAACUGAGCAAACUGUGUGUAUAUUAUAUCAGAGGACUAAUAUGUGCAGGUGGCAAAUAAAAAAAGCCAGGCUUUUCAGAAUCUCUUUCCAUUAGAAAAGCACAGCAUAGUGUAAAAGUCAGAGCAGCAAGGUGUUGAUUCAGCAUUGAGCAUUUUAAGUUUGGAGACUAUGGAGAUCUUUUUAGCAAGUUCCAUCUUUGAUAUCUUGAUUUAAUUUUGAAGUCUAACACAGGCCUCUCUACUUCUAUCUCUUAUCCUAUGAUGCUGCUUUCCCCAGGCUUAUAGAAGGGAUGCUCAGAUACUAUAGCAAGGGACUAAUAUAAAAACCCUGAUAAAAUACAAUAGACAUUAGCACUCAAAAACUCGCCUUUUUAAUUUUUCGUUCAUGGAGAAAAAGGAUGUUGUUUUUAUUUUGUGUGCCCAAAAAGUAAAUUCUAAUUCCACUUAAGAAUGAUAAACCUGCAUGUACUCUGUCUCGGAAAUGUCUUGUCCCCUUUCACUUGAAGAAAAAAAAACAAGUGUUGCUUUAUAGUAUGGGUAUCAUGUCAAAGGUUUAAGCAAAAUGGACUCCUUUCACCAUGGCUCUGUGCCAAUGCAAUUGGUAAACCACCUAUAAAUAUUUUGAACAGCAAACUAGUACAAAUUUAAGAACUUUAUUAAAAAAAAAAAAAAGACUUACUCAACUUACUUCCUCCAAAAGAGAGACCUAAAUCAUUGAGGAGGCAGAUAAGGUAUUAGUGUGUAGUGUUUACUUACUAUUGACUUAGGGCUUGUCUACAUGAGGGGUAAUGAGCUCUAUAGUGCACUUCAGAAAUCACAUCGCUAAUGUGCUGUACAUUAAUUGGUGUGUGUAGACAUUAGUGAGUAGUGUGUAGACAUUAGUGAACCUUUAGCGUGCACCAGCAGGGUAUACAUGGAGACAUUAAUAUGCCCAUGUUAACGUGCUUUAGAAAUAUCACACACCCCCAUAGCUCACAUUACCUUGCUGUGUAGACAACCCUUUAAUUAUGUCAGUUCUCUAAAGCUUUGAUACAAAUAUUUUUGAACCAAUAGUGCUGAAUUCAUAGAUUUUUCCAAAAGAAAAAGGGUGUGUGAAGAUUUGGCUAUAUUGGCCUAUUAAUUUUUACUACUUUAAUUAAAUGAGUGACAUCAUUACAUUUCAUACUUUUUAAAUAAACAUCUGUUUAAUUGAAUAAUUCUUGUAUUUUAUUUUGUAACUCCGAAUACUAAAUCAGGAAAUAUAGCAAACAUAAUACCACUUAUGUAUUAUACUUAAUGUUUAAGUCAUAAAAGGAUAACAUUGCUGGAAGCUGCAAAUUCAGAAUAAUAGUGCCAUCUACAGGCAUUUUACAUUAUUGUAGCUUUGCCAGCUCAGAAAGUCAUCGUUUUAAAUUUCAGUCCCUUGAUAAAAUUAAAUUAACUGAUCUGUUUUGCAAAAAAUAUCUGCUUUACUGUUAGACAAUAUCUGCGACCACAAAGGUUUACACAGAAAAUAAUCUAAAAUCCCUAUUGUUUACAAGGAUGUAAUUCAGCAGAAAGGGGAAGUGAAAAGGGAACGUUCCAGUGAAAAUCCUAAAUUACAUUUGCAGUUAAUAUGAAAGAUUAUGCUAUCUUGAAAUUCAACUAGGGACUAUGAUUCAUUAAUAUGAUAUAGAGUGGUCUUCCUAAACUCCAGGCUGUUAGUGUUUUGUGAAAUCAUCCACAGUGAAAAUAGCAUCUUUGUAUCAGAACACAUUUUUCCAUGAUUUUUAUAUAUAGUGAAUAUAGUACAAAAUAAAAACUUAUAUUCUGCAAGUCCAAAUUUGUCUCCAGCAAUACGGUACCAGUAUAAAUUAAAUUUGUAUUUAACCAAUAAACUUUUAUAUGUA